GCAAUAGACCGAAUUACCCUUUCAAUAUUACAUGUUUUAAUUCCCAAUAGAAUCCAGGAUCAUAUAAAUAUUGCAUAUGCCCAAAAACCCUAACUUUCCCGCACAGUGUCUCCUAUUCUCGGUCCAAGACUCCAAGAUUCAAUCCAGGCGUUUUCUGGAGGAUCUUUACCAGAUCACAUAAGGAGAUUCCUCUUCGUCAUAUAAGAUGUGGAAUGCCCCUUUUUUUAAUUAUUUUUUCCUUCGUUGUGCUUUGCUACAUAUUCAUGUUCGGAGUUCGUUCUGGAAAAUCUGUACAUGAUUAACUCUGUGCUUGUGCUCCCAUGGGUAGCUAUGGGUUUGUGUUGUUGUGGCUUUGCGGUUGUUACUUUCACUGCAGGUGAUGGCUCCACAACAGCCGAAGAGUGGCCUCUUUGUGGGGCUGAACAAGGGCCAUAUUGUGACGAAGAAAGAAUAUGCUCCUCGCCCAUCUGAUAGAAAAGGAAAAACAAGUAAAAGAGUCAUCUUUGUGAGGAACCUGAUCAGGGAAGUUGCUGGUUUUGCACCUUAUGAAAAGAGAAUCACUGAGCUUCUCAAAGUUGGCAAAGACAAGCGUGCAUUGAAAGUGGCAAAGAGAAAGCUUGGUACUCACAAGAGAGCAAAAAAGAAGCGCGAGGAGAUGUCCAAUGUUCUCCGCAAGAUGAGGUCUGCUGGAGUUGGGGAGAAGAAGAAGUGAGGGAGUAUGCAUCAGGUGUACCUGCAACUUGCUUAGUCUGUUGAAUAGGAGCAGUAGGUAGAGAGAUGUUUGCUUAGCAUGCAUGGUUUUCAGUAUUUGUAAUGGAGAAUGAAAUUUUGACCCUACUCAUUUUGUUUUUCUUUGAAAUGUUGUCUAUGGGUUUGGCUAACUUUCAGUUUUGUUCAAGGAAUCAAAAGUUGCAUAGUAGUUAAAAGUUCUUGAUCA